AUGCACCGAGCUACGAAAUCUGGACUUGGAGCAGAAGCUCAUGCUAAAAUUGUGGCCAAAUAUGACCCCAAUCAGGCUUCAGAAUGUCUCACCUGGGUGCAGACGAUCUUGGCGAAUAACGACCCACCUAUCAACUUCGAUACAAAUGGUGACCGCCAAAACUUUAAUGCUGUCCUUGAAGAUGGAUACGUCCUUGCUAACUUAAUCAAUGCUCUCGAGCCGGAUAGUAUUCCUUCGGGGAAAUUAAAGACGCGACCAAAAAUGCAAUUCAAAAAGAUGGAACUGAUUGACCUUUUUCUGGUAAAAAUGAAAUCUUAUGGAGUACCUGAUCACGAACGGUUUGCAACCAUUGACCUCACUGAAUCCCAAGAUCUCAACCAAGUUGUAAUCUGUUUGCAAGCUUUAGCAAGAAAGGCUCGUACAAAGGGACACGUUGGAUUUGGACCAAAAGAAUCUGAGGCAAAUAUCCGAAACUUCACGGAAGACCAGCUGAAGGCAGGACAGAAUGUGAUUAGUCUCCAGUACGGAUCUAAUGCCGGAGCAUCCCAAGCCGGAAUGAAUUUCGGAAAAACUCGAAUGAUCCUUGAUUAG